AUGCGUGAAGUAAAAUGUGCUCUGCGAGAACGGCUUGACUUAUCAACCGACAACCAUCGGAUGUAUUGGGCUUCUUUUGCUUCACGUAAACUUGUUACGCUAUCUCUAAAGCGAAAAAUCGAAAUGAUUGACUGUGUUGAAAGGGGCGGGAAAAAGGACAUCGCCAAUGACUUCGGCAUCGCACCAAGUAGUGUUUCAACAGUAGUUCGGGACAAGGACAGGUACAGAAAACUUUUCUACGAAGGGCACACUGAUGUGAGUAAGAAACGCGCUAGACCUGCUAAGCACGAGGAUGUCGAAGAAGCGCUGUUGAGGUGGUUUAUGGGCGCGCGAUCAGAGAACGUGCCGCUAAGCGGGCCAAUCCUAAUAAGCAAAGCCGAAGACCUGGCGAAGGAACUCGGUAAAUGCGAUUGGUCUUGCAGUGUAGGAUGGCUUGACAGGUUUAAGAAACGUCAUUCGCUCACAUGUAAGUCAAUGUGCGGAGAAAGAGCGGCAGUUGACGAAGAAGUUACUGAUUCAUGGGUGACGGACGUGUUGCAUUCAGUUCUUGCAAGGUACAAUCCUAGAGACGUUUUCAAUGCUGACGAAACUGGUUUGUUUUGGAGACUUUUGCCAGACAAGACGCUUGCAUUUAAACAUGAGAAAUGUCAUGGUGGCAAGAAAUCAAAGGAGAGAAGAACAGCAAUGGUGUGCACCAAAUGGAUGGGUCAGAAAAAUGGCCAUUACUGGUGA